AUGUUCGAACAAUCGAAACAGCGUAAAAUUUUUCGCCACGUUCUUAAAGGACUUCAGUUUUACCAUAUGGUGGAUGGAAGUGGAUGUACGCUCGAUGAGUUGGUGUCAUACGUGUACUUGAAAAAUAAUCGAAUCAUAAAACCGUUUCACGUCAGGAAAAUGGUCAAAGAAGUGCUGGAAGCUUUUAAAGUAUCGCAUCUUGUGCAAAAUGAUUGUUGGGGAAAUUAUGAACUCCACCAUAUACUACUUGAAGGACCAUUUGAUUGUGACGAACAACAUGUUGUGCAACCCACGAAUUCCUACCGCGACCAAGGACAAGGAAGUUCGAACGAAACGUUGUCCGAGGUGCCACACUACGUUAAUGUUUUGCAACGGAAAGGUACUGAUUUUCAGCUACCAAAACACAAGGAACUGAGCAAAGAAGCUGUUGAUAACGAAUCUGGAGCGAUAAAUACUAUUUCCGACGCUGGAUCCCCAAGUCACUAG